AUGAGAGCCUCUGGCCACUCCCUCACCUCCCUUCGCCUGGGGCCCACUCCCACGGAUGCAUCCCACUGGGAAGACCCGUAUGGGCAUGCCCAGCAACAGCAGCAGCAGCAGCAUGAGGAGCAGCGCGGCCAUGCAGAGCAGCAGCGGCAUGCAGCAGAGCAGCAUGAGCGCAUCUCCCCGGUGUUUCUCCAGCACUGCCCUUGGCUGCAGCAGCUGCACCUGGAGCGUGCCGACUGGAACCUCAGCACCCUCCAUCCCUCCUGGUUCAAGGCCUUACGGACCCUCACCAUCCAUCAUUCCCACUGCACCGCCUCGGAUUUCGAGUUCCUGGCCCAGAUCACACCGCAGCUGCACGAAAUCUCACUCUACGUUCUCAACCAGGGGCACUGCACCCUCAACUUUGCAUUCUCCGCUGCUCAAUCCAUCCACCUCGUGUUGGACCAGCACAGAGUGCACCUCGCGCUCUCCCUCCCUGCCUCUCUCAACUCCCUGUCUGUUUCAGCGGAUUCUCUCGACCUGGACUGUAGCUGUGAAGCCCCUCUCUCCCUCGACUUCCUCAUGCUGAUUGGUCGCAAGCGCCUCGUGGUGGCAUCGCUCCCCCUCGCAUCGGCCAAAGACGUCUACCUGAACGCACCAAGCAUGCACGAGGAGUCAGUCAAUCCUCUGGCCAACCCCCCUCACUCCCUCAGCAACCCCUCUCACUCACCUCAGAUUUCUCCGAAUCAGCCUUCCAUCUCCUGGGAACUUUACUCUCCAUCCAUCUCUGAAUCCUCCUUGAUCCGCGUGCUGCAAUCAGUAGCCCCCACAGUGGAGGCACUGAUGGUGCCACACUCGCUACCAAUAGAGGCAGUGGAGGGCGAGUGGAGGGAGCUGCACCGCCUGGCAAUCGGUGUGCAUCGGAGCAAGGCGGGUGGGGGAAGGUGCAGGACGACAGUGGAGGCAGCAGAGGCUCGUGCGGGCGGCAUCAGCCGUUUGUACCCGAGGAGAGGUGGCGUGGGGGAAGGAGGAGACAGAGGCAGUGGCAGGGAUGGCGGCGGUGGCAGUGGCAGUGGCGAUGACAGCGAGGAUGUGGUUGAUCUGCUGCCUGGCCCCAUCUGGCACAUCAUCUUCCGCCACCUACUGGCACAUCAUUUUCCGGAAAAUCAGGGUGAAUCCUCGGGUGCAUUGCAGCAGGAAGCAGGCGGCACCGCGAACGCCACAGCUCUUCCGUUUCCUGCCAUCACGGAGCAGCAUGCGGAGGCAUUGCGGAGCUUCGGCGCCUCCUGGCCUCUGCUGUUCUCUACCAUCGCUGUGACCAUCUAUGUGGCCAUCUAUGUGACCAUCUAUGUGACCAUCUAUGUGACCAUCUAUGUGACCAUCUAUGUGGCCAUCUAUGUGACCAUCUAUGUGACCAUCUAUGUGGCCAUCUAUGUGACCAUCUAUGUGACCAUCUAUGUGACCAUCUAUGUGACCAUCUAUGUGACCAUCUAUGUGACCAUCUAUGUGACCAUCUAUGUGACCAUCGCUGUGUGUGAGCAGGAGUUGGAGCCCAUGACGCUCGUUUUCAACACAGGAAUGCUCUCCUUCUUCCUGCGGCACGCAGCUCACACAUCCCUUGAUCUCCUUCUCAACAGCCCCCAAGAUCUGGACAGCAUCGGCCGUCUCUUGCAGCCCUCUAUACGCUCCCUCACAAACCUGUGCAUUGGGCUCAAGGAACCACCCGGGGGAAUUGAGCCUAUCAUUAAGGAGAUUCACCUGAUGAAUCCGGCAUUCCUCAAGGAGUUUGAGAAUCUGCAGCGGGUGAAGCUAGGUCGCGGGACCUGGCAACUAGGCGACCUGGAUCCAGCAAAAUUCAAGGCUUUAAGGAGCCUGAGCAUCCACGAUUUCAAUUGCGACGGAAAUGAGCUGUCCUUUCUUUCAUCCGUCGCACCGCAGCUGCAUGAACUCGCUCUCGCCUCCUCCAGCCAUGGCUCUGGCUCCACCACCCUCGAUUUCAAGCUCACUGCUACUCGAUCUAUCACAGUCUGCUUUGAGAAACAAGCGCUCCUCCUCCGCUUCACCAUGGCCCCCUCUUUAAAGUCCCUCUCGGCCACUGCAGCGUUUCUCAACGUGGAUUGCACAUGCGGCAGCCGCCCCUCUCUCGACUCGCUCUCUCUCAUUGGCCGCUCGCAGCUUCUCGUAACUUCGCUCCCAUUGGCUGCCGCCAAAUCCGUCUACAUGAACGGACCAACCGUUCGAGAAAAUCGUUGGCGUGCGUUUCCCUGUUCCGAUCUCGAAUCUCAGCGCACCGUGACCCACCUGCUCAGCAGCAUAGCGCCUACAGUGGAGUCGCUUAUAGUGAGUGCCUAUGGGUGCCAUUCUGGGCCACCGCCCUCCCUGCUGCUGAUGGGGCUGCCUGCCGUUUGUUGUCUGCUCCUGCCAGGGCACGGGGCUGCUGCUCCACCAGCUAGGCACAGUGAAGCAGAGGUGGUGAUGAUGUUGGGUGGCUGA